AUGGAAGAAGCUUAAUAAUAGAAUUUAGGUACACUUUAAGGAAUUUAGGAAGUUAACGAAAAAAACCACACUAAUGGUAGCUCAAGCAAUUUAAAAAUAUUCUCUAAAACAGAUCUUUUCAAUAAUUUGAAUACUGAAAUGAGUGAAAUACCAGAUCAUGAUAUUUAUUCACAAGAAAUAUAUUCUAAGUUAAUAGGAGGUGAUGAUAAGUUGGUUUCAUAAUAAUUGAACUAGAUUAUACAACAAGCACUCUAUCCCUAUCAAGAAAAGAUUCGUCAGCUAGAAGAGAUACAAUAAUAAAAAGAUAACUAAAUCACUGCAUUAUUUUACACUAUUAAAAAAAUGGACGAUAUAAUAAAAAAAAUAGAAUCUGAAUAAACCAAAACCCAAGGAACUACUAGGACAGUAAGAAAAACAGCAACAACUGUUUCGAAUAAUACUGCAGGUACCACAUCAUCAAAUAGGUCUGCAAGCUCAGCAAAGGGACAAUAAUUAGGCUCAAACCAAAUGUCUUAAUCAACAGUUUUACCAUCCUAAACUGGAGGAGCUAUUUCAAGAAAACCUAGUGUACCUUCUUUGCUAGACUCCAAAAAAUCAGGCCAAAAUAUGUCAAAAUCAACUUUACAUGAACCCUCAAGCAGUAAAGCAGAUAGUAAUAGAAAUUCAAAGGUAAGUACACCAGCAUCAAGAGUAGCAAAAGAAGCAAGUGAGCCAAAAAAAAUAUUAAAAUCAAAGCUAGGAAAUAAUGAAGGAGAUUAGAAGGUUAAUUCAUAAUAAGAAGAAUAAAAACAAAAGAAAACAGAGACAGAUCAUUCAAAUAUAUAGAAUAACAUAGAAGUAGAUAGUGCAUCAAACACUAACAAGCAGUAAAGUAAUUAAUCUAAUGGAAAAACGGAUAACUCUAAUUAUAACUCAUCUCCUCCUAUGUUUUUGCAUGAUUUAACAAAUGAUGAGCAUCUCAUAGAUAACUCCUCAGCAAAAAACGGGUCAGACAAAGAUAAAAAUCUUUUAAAUAAUAGUAAUAACAUUAAUGAAGAUUCUAUGCUGAUCUGA